UUAACAUCUCCAUUUAGAUUAGAAAUUGUAAAUCUUUGGCCUUAGUAAGCCAAAGCGAAACCCUAAGUUUCUUCCGAUCCAAUGUCCCUGGUUUCCUGAUCAUCUCUCGCUACUUCCUGGCAAACAAUUGCUUUCACCGGUAGAGAAGCAAAGCAGAUGAACAAGAAAAGGAAGGCUGGGAAAGAAAGGCGCCGUGACAGGCUGACCCCUCUCCCAGAACAUAUCAUUCAUCACAUCCUUUCCUUCCUCGACACGAGAUCGGCCGUUCAAACCUCGGUUUUAUCCCGAUCAUGGAGAUCCGCCUGGAAAUAUGUCCCUGCCCUACACUUCAAUCAGUACUCCUUCCAACACUACUCAAGCUUCCACCUGUAUGUGAGAAAGGUUCUGUCCCUUCGCCAUCCCCUUAAUCUGAGCACGGUGAAGUUUGUAGACGAUGAGUGUAGGUCGGAUGGCAGAGACGACUCUCUGGUGAUUAGGGUUAUCCAAUAUGCCUUGUCCCAUGAUGCUCAACAUCUGGUGAUUUACCAUGGAAAUGACAUCACAUCAGCUGACAUUUACAGAUUCUCGGACUUGUUUGGCUCGAUCUCGAAUUGUGAUCUGAAAGUUCUAGUGUUAGACGGUUUCGACCUGGAUAGUGGGUUUGGAUCUCCUCAUGGUUUCCGGAUGCUGACAAAUUUGAUUCUGGAAGCCUGCAUGGUGGCUGGUCAGGAUCUUGAACCUUUCUCUAACUUUCCUUGUCUCCAGCAUUUGGUCCUCAGUGAUUUCCAUUCCUACGAGUCUUUUUGUCGCGGGGAUGAACGUAACUGUAGUAUGAAGAUAUAUGGACUCGAAUUGCUUAGUCUGAAAUUGCAUACUGUGUGCUUUUCCAGCAUUGACAUAGAUGUGCCGAAGCUCGAAUUCCUCAGCAUCUGGGAUGAUGAAGUGGAAAUGGGAUACUUGAGUUUCUCCAAUUUAAGCCUUCCGUCUCUUCAGCAUGCUGAUAUUAGGCUCCAUGGGGACCUGGAUUGUAUUGAGGAAACCAAAGAGUACAUGAUGCCACAGUUGAUAUACCUGUUUCAAGGUUUGCAUAAUGCAAAAUCUUUGAAGCUGUACGAGGAUACCACCAUUCCAGUACUGAGUAAGUUCUGUGGGUAUUUGGAGGACGAGCCAUCUCCUUUCCAGAGAUUGGAGUCCUUGAUCUUGGAUUCUGAGGCAGAGAGCGUACCUUACGAACUCAUCAAUUACUUUCUCAAAGAAUCUUCUUGUGCAAGUCCAAAUAUUCAGUAUAUAUCUACACCUGGCUAGUAAUUGGCCAGUUCUGCAAAGUUUCUGACGAUGGUUUGCAAUGGGAUAGUGGUUUUCUCUGUUAGGUUCUUAGCCAGUUUGCCUUGUUAACUAGCUCCUGUCUGAAGAAGGAAUCAGCCUGUUGAUCUAUUAGAUAAUUACACCAGUCUCUUGAUCUAUGAGAUAAGUACGAUCAGUAUUUCCCCCCGGUUUUUUGUGUCUACAUUAUUCGUCUGCCUGCUUGGUCUCUUUGUUUGUAAUGAACUUGUUUUCCGGGAUUUGGACAAACUGGUGACUUGGGUCAUAAGAUAGGUCAUCUUGUGAGAAGUUGGUUGUUGCUUACUUGGCUUUUGAGAAACUGGCAUUACGAGUAUGAUGUGGUUAUUGGUUCAAUUGGUGGAAUGCUGGUGCAUAUCUUGGUGGUUUUUAGGCCGAUCGAUGGAUCCGUAGUGCAG